GCUUGAUAAAGCCAGAAAGUAAGAGGAAGAGAACUUUACCGGAAUCGGAGUUCUAGGGCUCAACUGCUAGGUGACAAAAAACAAAGUAAAAACCAGCAACCUUUUGAGACAUUUGACGGAGGAUAAUAAUUCUGAAGCUGGCAUCAAAAAACCACUUCUUAUCUCUCUGUUCAUCGAUCUUAUUGUUCGUGAUUGAGGAUGGAAUCAUCACCUUCGUCAUCGUCAGUGAUAACGCCAGAAGAUGUAAUGGGGACUUUGAUGAACGACGGCACAAUCGAUUCCAUGAGGUUGAAAAUCAUUACUCACCUCAAAGCUAAUGAAGAGCUCAAAAAUACCACCAUAAAGAUGGUUGAGCAAAGCAGGGUUCUCAACACUCCUGGUGCUGAAAAGCAGACCAAAAGAGAGCUAUUUGAUGCACUCCGGCAAGAACUUGAGACUUCAGUGCUUGAGAAAGCUUCUAAAUCAGUUUGGGAGCUUAUUUUGGAUAACAAUGGGAUAGGAAAGGAAAUAAGUGAAACGGUUGAACAAGUAUUCUGUCGGUUGAGUGGAAGAGAACCACCAUUAUUUGUAUCGGAUUUUGGACCUCAACCAGAGAAAGGGAAAGAGAAAAAUAGUGUGCAAGACAGGCAGAAAGAGGAAAGCCGAGAAACUGGAAAAGAUAAUUCUGAAUCUGCAGCAAAGAAGAGAAAGAUGAAUACAGAAGAGGGGAUUGAUGAAACCGUUAGCAAACCUAGUGACAAAUCAACCUCAUCAGAUGAUUCUAGUAAAAUGCUGCCACCAAAUGCAAAAAGGCAACACACUUCCUGAAUCAACUCCAUUGUCUUAUCCAUCUUUUUUCAUCUUUUAGUGAGGGAUUUCUUUUCUUCAUGCCCUCUUUUUUCCUUCAUCUGUUUUUGGUUCAGAUACCAGGAGAAUCUUUGACAUCAGUACUUCUACAUAUUUAACUUGUAACAUGGUCUGUUAAUACUAAAAUUAGAACUGUUCACUAGGCGUUAGGUUCUUUGAAAUCUAUGUAGCUUAUCAGUUCAAAAAUUAAUUCCUGGGCUUCCAGAAUGAGCAUUGCUUUACGUUUCAGUUGUGUAGAAUAUCCAAAACGCUCUUCUUUUGGGUUGGA